AUGGUUCAUCUGCUCGUCUUGGGCGGCAACGGACGUACGGGCCAGUAUGGCAUCCAGUAUGCUCUCGAGAAGGGCCAUACCGUCACCGCAAUCGUUCGAAAGUCGUCCUCUCUACAGCCACAGAAAGGCCUCAACAUCGUCACCGGAUCAGUCUCCAAUCCCGAGGAUGUCGAUCGUGCCAUCUCUGCUGCGCCUCCGAUCGAUGGCGUAGCAGUCUUCCUAAACGCCAGUCGAACCUCCGAUAUGCCUUGGGCAAAGUUGGUGGUCCCGCCGCGGUUCAUCACGGAUGCUGUCGCAAAUGUGGCGAAUUCGAUCCACAAGACUGCACCAAUUACAAACACGCGCCUCGUCGUCAUGAGUGCCAUUGGCGUUGGCGAUAGCUGGGAGGUUGCGCCGUGGUUUCUACGAGUCAUGAUUUCGAAAACCAAUCUCGGUACCACCUACACCGAUCACAACUGCCUCGAUGGCGAAAUUGCAAGCAUUGCCGGGAAGGGGAUCAUCUGGACCUUGGUUCGAGCUGUCGGCCUUUCCUCGAGUGGGCGGAAGCAGGUCAAAGUCUUCGGGAGCAAUAAGCCUGGGGCAGGGUAUACGAUUACACGGGAGAGCUGUGCCAACUGGAUGAUCGAUGCUGCUGAUGGUACUUUGGGCUCAGAGUAUGACAACAGAGCUGUAAUUGUCUCGAAUUAG